AUGAUCCCCUUCACCUUCCUCGCCCUCCUCAUCCUCGCCUCCUACCUCAUCUACCAUCAUGUUAUAUACCCCUACUUCCUCUCACCGCUCUCUUCCAUCCCUAACGCCCACCUCACAUCUCCCCUAUCCAGGCGCUGGAUUGACCACAGGCGCAGCACAGGGACAGAAGUCCUCGCAAUUGAUGCCCUGCAUCAAAAGUACGGCCCCAUCGUCCGUCUCGGUCCAGAGGAAUUGAGUGUCAAUUCCAUCCACGGUCUAAAGGUCAUAUAUACCGGUGCUUUCGAGAAGCACGCCUUCUACAACGAUGCCUUUGUCAAUUUUAACGUUGAAAACAUGGUCGGCAUGGUGCACAAUGCGCCACACGCACACCAGAAGCGGAUGUUGAGCAAGACCUUCUCCAAGUCGUUUCUCCAGGAAUCUGGUGAUCUGCAGACGAUCUCAAAGGUUGUUCUGUGGGAUCGAUUGAUGCCUAUUCUCAAGAAAGCGGGGAAUGAUGGAGAAGUGUUGAAUGUCCUACCGAUGUUCCAAGCUGUUGGGAUGGACUUUACCUCCUCUUUCUUGUUUGGGUUGAGACGAGGAACGAGUCGGGACGACCGGUAUAUGGGGUUCAUUGAGGGCUGGUGCAUGGAGCUCUGUGAGCGAACAGAGGCAUCCAAGAACGAAGAGAUUCUCAGCAAUGAGGAGAAGCUGCUGCCAUUCACGAAUCCAGUCAUCUAUGAGCAGUUGCAGCAGAGCCUCCUUUCACAGAAAGAACACGACCCGCGUCCAUUGAAUCUAGCAGUUGCGUCCGAAUUGCUCGACCAUCUAGUCGCAGGCCAUGAAACGACUGGCAUCACAUUCACAUACAUGAUGUGGGAGCUAUCGAAGCAGCCGGAGCUUCAAGCUAAGCUGCAAAAGGAGCUAAUGACCUUGUCUCCGUCCCUACGGUACCCAGGCUCGAGCACAGGCGGAGAUAAGGCCCUCCCUUCUCCUUCCGCCAUAGAUGCCCUUCCCCUCCUUGACGCUAUGGUUCGCGAGACCCUUCGUCUUCAUUCCCCGGCCCCGGCCCAACUCCCUCGUGUCACCCCCACGACAGAAAAAGGCACUUCUCUACAUGGGUACGAUAACAUCCCGGGUGGCGUAAGAGUCAGCUCGACCGCUUACUCCCUCCACCGAAUUGACGAGGUCUACCCGCACCCUCUGGAAUGGCUGCCAGAGCGAUGGCUCCAGGCAGGCGAUAAUAUUCACGACAUGAGGCGACUUUUUUUUGCAUUCGGGAGUGGCGGGCGCAUGUGUCUAGGAAGUAAUUUUGCAUUGCAAGAAAUUAAAUUGGUCAUGGCGGCGGUGUAUUCAAACUUCACGACAUCUACUAUAGACGAUGAAGGCAUUGAGCAGCACUACGAAUUUAUUGCGCUGCCGCGCGGAAGAAAACUAAUGUUGAAGUUUACGCCAGUGGAUGAUUAA